AUGCCUGGCUCACUCACACCGGGAACAACCGCAAAUGAAUCACCCGGACCCGAGUCUUUAGCCGGCAGCAAGGUAGCCAGCCACUUGCAAGAUCGCUGCUGGAUCAUUCCGUUCGUUGCCGCUUGCGUAACGUUCCUUACAACCAUCAUCGAAUCUAACCGAGGUUACCUGUAUGUGCUGUUCAUGGAGGAAUACCACGCCGACCACGCCACGGCGUCGUGGCCCGGCAACAUUCUCCUGUCGGCCAGUCAUCUCUCAGGCUUCGUCAUCGUGCUUCUUCAGAGCAAGCUGUCGGUCUUCGUCAUAGGACUCCUCGUUGUCGCACUGUCGGCCAUCGCAGUCACUGGUGGCGCCUUCUGUCCUGACAUGGCGUGCAUGUCAGUGACGGUAGGUGGACUGUAUGGCUUGGGAUACGGAGCCAGCCUGACAUCCUUCGCCAUCUACACGAUGAUGUAUUUCGAAAGGUACAUGGCCACAGCCACCGCUCUGAAGUACGCCGCCUGGUCAGCGUCAGGCCUUGUGGGUCCGUCGAUCGUCUCUUUGCUCGUCAACUACUACGGACUUCCCGGAACGCUCCUCUUAAUCGGUGCUAUCAUGUUGAACGGCCUACCGCUAAUCAUGCUCAUCAAGCACCCGCGUCCGCUGAAGCUGUGGUGUUCACCGAGCCUCUAUAAGCCGAAGCCAAGCUUAUCUUCGCCUUCUGGCGAGCACCAUGACAAGACAGACCACUGCGCAAAACAGCCCUCGUCCCCGUCGUCUACAGCGGCUCUUUCACCUUUGCCAAAAAGCAUAAAUAGACUCGGUUUGACCGCGAAAGGAGUGGCGGCGCUGUUCCGGAAGCCGGAGUUCUUCGUGUUACUUUUUGUGUACGCGCUGUACGACUGGACCGGCACGCUUCACUCGACCACUUGCGUGGACUAUGGACGCGACAAGGGAACCUCGCUGGAGACCGCCAAGUACGUUCUCACCUGCAAUGCCUUCGGUCACAUCGUAGGCAGAGUCGGCCUGAGCUUCGCCUCGGACAAGAUACCGUUCAGCCACAGCCCUAUGGCCGCCGCCUGCCUUGUGGCGUCGUGCCUGUCGUUUGUGGGUUGUUCGCUUGUCUCGUCAUUCACGUCAUUCAUGGUGCUCAACAGUUUGCUCGGUGUCAGCCAGGGCUACGUAACCUGCAUAAGAAGCGUCCUCAUCAGUCAGUACCUCAGCGUUCAACGCCUACCAGCCUUCUUCGCUUUUCUUGGUGUAUUGCUCAUACCCAUUGCGCUCAGUGGCCCGAGUAUUUUGGGAUUCUUCAGGGACAAUCUGGGCUCGUACGACAACAUUUAUCGACUAUUGGGAGCAGCGAACUUCGUAGCGGCUGUUUUGCUAUGCGUUCUAGCAUGUCGAGACAGAGUGCGCCGAAGUACAUGGAAGCUGAAACGGAGCCUAAAUCCAACACCCAAUGGUUUGCCAACGACACAUUGAAGUUUAUCUGAACAAGGGGCCGUAUUAUUCGUCAAGAAAUAAGCUGCGUAAAGCUUCCUGCAGUGUUCAAUCUUUGUAAAGCAAUGCGCGGGACUUCAGCCCGCCCGGUCACCGCACUUGCAGAGAUGCAUAUACCGUCUGAAUCAUAGGUCCCUCCUCGACUUUGUGGACAGAAUACAGUUGCACAGUUUUGUGUAAUGUGUACUGAACUCUUAGGGUAAACGAACGCAAUAUUAAAAGACUACUUUCGGAACUUUCAGUGCCAAAA